CACGAGUGUUGACACACCGUCGACAGGCAGGCAGACAGACAGGCGGGGAGGGAGGGCGAGAGCUGCACAGCACACCACACAAACACACAGCUCACGUAUUAAAACCAAGGAGAGGCAGGAGACAGGAGGGAGGGAGGGAGGGAGGGAGAGAGAGGGAAGCACGACCAUAUGCAGCGAUACAUACCAUUCAGAAGCAUGAAGGAUGCAUCCACUACACGCGGAAUGGGGCUCAUUCUGAAGAAUGGGAACGAAAACUGGGUUGACUGUCCUUACCAGAAGUGAGGGUCUGCACUCAGUCAUGGCCAUACCAGCCAGCAGCAGCCCCACACAUCCAGAAAUGACCCUCCUCACUUGUGGGCCUGUGAGGCCAUUUCUUUCUGGAUAUCCCCCAAAGGUCAUUCAUUUCUGGAUACUUGGUGCCCAUUUCUGAACUUUCUGAACAAUCUGAGUGCACAUCCAGACCAAUAAUCCACACAACUACUACGCCAUAUAUGCCAAGCACAGCUCCCUACAUUAAUCACUGCUCCAACAGAAACGACCGAGCGCUGCGGCACUCGAAAUAUCUAUCUCUGGCCUGUCUCCCACAGCAUCCACGCUGUCAUCUGCGGCCGAACACCAGCUGAGCGCCAGCCAACCCUCCCUUUGUCGAUGACUGCACUGAGCGCUGACCACCGCCUCCAUCCACAGUCAUUUCGAUUCUGGACCUGGUCAGCAUCUUGACGGAGACCCGAUCAAUCGCCACCCGCCCAUAAUAUCACGCAUGAAUUUCGAGCAGCUCCUCGCUCUCAGCUGGCUAAGGGCCACCCGUUAUGUCCUCCUUAUCGGCCGCCGCUGACGUUCCUUCCAGUCGUCUGUUGAGCUGUGCUGCCUGUCGGAACGAGCGGAGGGAAAAGGAUGAAAGGCCUAGGGACGCUGAGCCGCCUGCUGCUGCUGUUGGUGGUGGUGCGGCUGCCGCAUCAUGUCGGUAGCCGUGUGGGUGCGCCAGUCGGUGUCUGCAAAAGGCGUGUGGUGGCGGUAGUAGUAGUGGUGCUUAUCUGCAUGGGAGGGCGGGCCGGAACGACUCGACACAGACACAGACUCGCCACAACGAGGUCGAGCAACAAGCGCACACGCCUGACACGCACAAGCCAACACAACACGCCAAACACUGGUCAUGUACACGGCCUCGACCCAUCUACGCUGGUCUGGGUGGGUCACCGGUAUGUGUGGUUGCCAACCCCAACAAGGCCAAGACGGUCGGCAGGGAGUUCCUCGAGGACCUGACACACUCAGCACAUUAGCCAGCGUGUGAUUGAACAAUCUAUGUCGGUAUGGUCUGUGCAUAGUUUACCGAUGCCCUGAUGGAGCGUCUGUAGUUCGUGGUCUGCCUCAUCUGGGGGUGCCUUCUUGGCCGCAGCGUCGUCCUCGACCAGAGGCGGCGACCCUGCUCGCUUGGCGGCGGCAGACCAACCUGGCGCCGUCUGCGACGCCGGUCAUCAUCGCCUCUGCAUGCCACAUGGUUGUGGCUGCCUCGCGUAUGACGCCCUCCGUCAGCUGCCGCGCCUCCCGCGUGGCGGCAGCUGCAGGGCCGCGGCCCCUGCAGAGAUGGCGCGGCGUAGCUGCUCGGCGAGAGUGAAGCGUCGCUGUAAGGAAGAGGACAUGAAGAUCUUGCUGCCGGGCAUGGCAGCCGCCUCCUCGUCGGUGCAGUAGACACUCCGUCCGUUGACCUGCAGGAGGCCAACGCAGAGGAGGGAUGGUCUGGCGGAGCUGGG